ACAGCGCGACGGUCGGAUAUCCUUUAGCCUUCAUUGUGGGACCGAGUCCGGGAGUUGUCUGACCGCGGGGGGGAUUAAAGUCAUGGCUGUGAUGAAUUAAGCGCGUCGGAGGCGCUGUGUUCUGGAGCUCGGAGGACCCGGAGCGCUGCGCUGCGCUGCGCUGAGCGAUGCCCGCGGUUGUGCUGAGUUGGUGCUGCGCUCAUGCCGCUCACUGAGCCCCGAGCCUCGCUCACACAGCCUCAGACAAAAGCUGGCGGACGCGUCUCGUGUGCUCAGACCCUGAAUACCCCCUUCUUCUCUACAGCCCGACCUCUGCGUCCCUUCGCCUGCGUCUGUUUUUGGUAGGAGCGCCUGGUUAGCCAGCGCUUCCACUCGGGCUCUGCAGCGGGGGCUGCCGGUCGCGCAGGUAGAGCCGGCUGGCUCGCUUUACUGACUCCUUCGGGCUCGUUUGCUCUCUGACCCGAGGUAACGUGAGAGCCCAGCUGUGGAGAGCAGCUCAGGGCGGCCUCUGUCGCGCUAACUGUGGUGUAUAAUAUACCUAAAGAUCCUAUAGGAUGGCCUCCUCGUCCGGAAACGAUGACGACCUGACCAUCCCGAGGGCCGCGAUCAAUAAGAUGAUCAAGGAAACGCUGCCCAACGUGCGGGUGGCCAACGACGCCAGGGAGCUGGUGGUGAACUGCUGCACGGAGUUCAUCCACCUCAUCUCCUCCGAGGCCAACGAAAUCUGCAACAAGUCCGAGAAGAAGACCAUCUCCCCGGAGCACGUCAUAAACGCACUUGAAAGCCUCGGCUUUGGGUCAUACAUAGCGGAAGUGAAGGACGUUUUACAGGAAUGUAAAACAGUCGCACUGAAGCGGAGGAAGGCCAGCUCACGCCUGGAAAACCUCGGCAUCCCUGAGGAGGAGCUGCUCCGUCAGCAGCAAGAAUUAUUCGCCAAGGCUCGGCAGCAGCAGGCUGAGUUGGCGCAGCAGGAGUGGCUGCAGAUGCAGCAGGCGGCGCAGCAGGCCCAGUUAGCCGCAGCGGCAGCAGCUUCAGCCAGCGCAGCUCAACAAGCCGGAUCCUCGCAGGAUGAAGAUGAAGAGGACGACAUGUGAUCCCACUGACAGAUUUUUUUUUUUCUCUCUUUAUUUCUCUUUCUUUCUUUCUCUCCUCCUUCUGUAUAAAUUCAUAUUGACUUUUUAGAUAAUACUCUGGGAGGUCUGUCACUUUGGCCCCCUUGAUAUGUCUAGAGUUAGAUGUCUUUUUUCCCUUUUUUUUUAGUUUUCAAAGACUCAUUUUGGUUUUUCCACUCCGUUUUUCUCCCCUCCUUCUUUCAGACAGUUGAAAACAACCGUUUUUUUAAAGCGCCAUAUUGUAUGUGCAUUGUAAUUUUGGUACACUGAGUCGUUAUAAUGUGUUAGUGGCAUGAGAUGCAUUACGUUAAAUUGUUCCUGGAUCAGUGCGGGAGUGAGUGUUUAAGCUCAAGGGCCUCUGUUUUAGUUGACUUUCAGAUUUCUUGCUC